AUGAAUUACCUGACGGCUGACCUGCUUGGUAUUCGGGUCUACUUGGACGACCUCGUCAUCAAGAGUGAUACUUGGGAGGAGCACGUACGACGACUUCGGGCGUUGUUUACCAUCCGGUCUCCAGCCAACUUGACGGUUAACCUUCCCAAGAGUGAGUUUGGGUAUGCACAUAACACCUACCUUGGACAUGUGGUGGGCCAAGAUGAUUGCCAGAGGGUCCUUGAGAACCGAAAGAACCUCCUGGCGAGUGCCCCUGUGCUUCAGGUACCGGAUCUUUGGAACCUGUUUCUUCUCCACAUCGAUGCUAGUGUUUAUGGUGAUGGUGCUGUACUCCUACAAGAGGCCUCUGAUAAAGUGUUACACCCUAUUUUCUAUUUCUCACAGAAAUUUGAGUGUUAUCAAAAGGCAAAUGUCAGCAUUAAAAAGGAGACAUUAGGAAUUGUCUUAGCCUUUGAAAAGAUUAAAGUGACAGGAAGAAUAAACCUUAGCCACAUGGUGCAGAAUGAGAACAGAGAGAGGCCAAAACAGUCAUGUUUACAGGCCAGAGCUGGAACAGGGACAGAGACAGACAUGCUGCACAGGAAAGAGCUGGAACCAGAGUGUCCUCAAGAUAGCAGAACAAGAGAACCAGGGCAGCAGAACAAGAGAACCAGGGCAGCAGAACAAGAGAACCAGGGCAGCAGAACAAGAGAACCAGGGCAGCAGAACAAGAGAACCAGGGCAGCAGAACAAGAGAACCAGGAACACCACAGCAGAACAAGAGAACCAGGGCACCAGAACAAGAGAACCAGGACAGCAGAACAAGAGAACCAGGGCAGCAGAACAAGAGAACCAGGGCAGCAGAACAAGAGAACCAGCAGAGAACAAGAGAACCAGGGCAGCAGAACAAGAGAACCAGGGCAGCAGAACAAGAGAACCAGGGCAGCAGAACAAGAGAACCAGGGCACCAGAACAAGAGAACCAGCAGAACAAGAGAACAGGGCAGCAGAACAAGAGAACCAGGGCACAGAACAGAACAGAACAAGAGAACCAGGCAGCAGAACAGAACCAACAGAACAAGAGAACCAGGGCACCAGAACAAGAGAACAGAACAAGAGAACCAGGGCACCAGAACAAGAGAACCAGGCAGCAGAACAAGAGAACAGGGCACCAGAACAAGAGAACCAGGGCACAGAACAAAACAAAGCAGGGGCAGCAGAACAAAACAACCAGAGUAGUGGAAAAAGACCAAGGCAGCAGAACAGACGAGGGCAGCAGCAGAGAGACAGGGCAGCAGAGACAGACGAGGGCAGCAGAACAGACCAAGGCAGCAGAACAGACACAGCAGAACAGACGGGCAGCAGAACAGACCAAGGCAGCAGAACAGACAAAGAGACAGACCAAGCAGCAGCAGAACAGACGAAAGGGAACAGUAGAACAGACCAAGGCAGCAGAACAGAACAGGAGCAGCAGAACAGACCAAGGCAGCAGAACAGACAGAGGAGCAGCAGAACAGACAGCAGAACAGACCAAGAGCAGCAGAACAGACCAAGGCAGCAGAACAGACCAAGGCAGCAGAGACAAGGCAGCAGAGACAGACAGAGGGCAGCAGAACAGACGAGGGCAGCAGAACAGACCAAGGCAGCAGAACAGACCAAGGCAGCAGAACAGACCAAGGCAGCAGAACAGACCAAGGCAGCAGAACAGACCAAGGCAGCAGAACAGACGAGGGCAGCAGAACAGACCAAGGCAGCAGAACAGACGAGGGCAGCAGACAGAGCAGCAGAACAGACGCAGAACAGACCAAAGCAGCAGAACAGACCAGGACAGACAACAGACCAGGACAGCAAAACAGACCAGGGCAGCAGAACAGACCAGGACCAGGAGCAGCAGAACAGACCAGGCAGCAGAACAGACCACAGCAGAACAGACGAGGCAGAACAGACGAGCAAGAACAGCAGCCAGGGCACUCAGAACAGACCAAACAGAGAAGGACCAGCAACAGAACAGACCAUGAACAGACCAGGGGAGGGCAGCAGAACAGACCAGGCAGAACAGACGAGGACCAGGGCAGCAGAACAGACCAGGAGCAGAACAGACAAGCAGAACAGAAAGCAGAACAGCAUGGCAGCAGAACAGACCAAGGCAGCAGAACAGACCAUGACCAGGACAGCAGGACCAGGACACAGAACAGACCAAGCAGAACAGACCAUGGCAGCAGAACAGACCAGCAGAACAGACCAGGAGCAGCAGAACAGACCAAACAGCAGGACACCAGGACAGCAGAACAGACGAGGCAGCAGAACAGGAGCAGCAGAACAGACCAAAGCAGCAGAACAGACAGGACAGACAGAACAGACAGGAGCAGAACAGACAGCAGCAGAGACCAGCAGCAGAACAGACAGCAGCCAGGGGCAGCAGAACAGAUCAGCAGCAGCAGAACAGACCAAAGCAGCAGAACAGGACAGACGAACAGACCAGGACAGCAGAACAGACCAGGAGCAGCAGAACAGACCAGGCAGCAGAACAGACCAAGGCAGCAGAACAGACCAGAGCAGGAAGCAGAACAGACGAGGAAGCAGAACAGAGACAGCAGAACAGACCAAGGCAGCAGAACAGACCAAGGCAGCAGAACAGACGAGGGCAGCAGAACAGACCAACAGAACAGACGAGGGCAGCAGAACAGACCAAGGCAUCAGAACAGACGAGCAGCAGAACAGACCAAAAGCAGGACAGAGACAGACCAGAGACAGACCAGGGCAGCAGAAGAGACCAGGAGCAGCAGAACAGACCAGGCAGCAGAACAGACCAAGGCAGCAGAACAGACCAUGGCAGCAGAACAGACGAGGGCAGCAGAACAGACGAGGGCAGCAGAACAGACAAAAGCAGCAGAACAGACCAGGACAGACAGACAGACCAGGACAGCAGAACAGACCAGGAGCAGCAGAACAGACCAGCAGCAGAACAGACCAAGGCAGCAGAACAGACCAUGGCAGCAGAACAGACGAGGGCAGCAGAACAGACGAGGGCAGCAGAACAGACCAGGAGCAGCAGAACAAAACAACCAGAGUAGUGGAAAAGACCAAGGCAGCAGAACAGACCAUGGCAACAGAACAGACCAAGGCAGCAGAACAGACCAUGGCAGCAGAACAGACGAGGGCAGCAGAACAGACCAGGAGCAGCAGAACAGACCAGGACAGCAGGACAAACCAGGACAGCAGAACAGACCAAGGCAGCAGAACAGACCAUGGCAGCAGAACAGACGAGGCAGCAGAACAGACCAGGAGCAGCAGAACAGACCAGGACAGCAGGACAAACCAGGACAGCAGAACAGACAGAGGGCAGCAGAACAGACCAGAAGCAGCAGAACAAAACAACCAGAGUAGUGGAAAAGACCAAGGCAACAGAACAGACCAAAGCAGCAGAACAGACCAGGACAGCAGAACAGACCAGGCAGCAGAACAGACCAGGAGCAGCAGAACAGACCAGGACAGCAGGACAAACCAGGACAGCAGGACAAACCAGGACAGCAGAACUCACCAGGACAAGCGAAUAGACAAGGGCAGCAGAACAAAUCAGGGUACCAGAAGAGACCAAAGCAACAGAACAGUCUAUGGCAGCAGAACAGACCAGGGCAGACAAUUAGGACAGCGCAGUAUAAAAAGAAAACCAGGACAGCAGAACAGACCAGGGCAACAGAACAGACCAGGCAGAAGAACAGACCAGGGCAGCAGAGCAAGGGAACAAGGGCAGAAGAACAGACCAGGGCAGCAGAGCAAGGGAACAAGGGCAGCUGAACAACAACACGGCAACACAAACACCCCCAGGGCAGCAGAACAGACCAGGCAGCAGAACAGACCAGGGCAACAGAACACCCCAGGGCAGCAGAACAGACCAUGCAGCAGAACAGACCAGGGCAACAGAACACCCCAGGCAGCAGAACACCCCAGGGCAACAGACAGACCAGGCAGCAGAACAGACCAGGGCAACAGAACACCCCAGGGCAGCAGAACAGACCAGGCAGCAGAACAGACCAGGGCAACAGAACACCCCAGGGCAGCAGAACACCCCAGGGCAGCAGAACAGACCAGGCAGCAGAACAGACCAGGGCAACAGAACACCCCAGGGCAGCAGAACAGACCAGACAGCAGAACAGACCAGAGCAGCAGAACACCCAGGGCAGCAGAACAGACCAUGCAGCAGAACAGACCAGGCAGCAGAACAGACCAGAGCAGCAGAACAGACCAUGCAGCAGAACAGACCAGGCAGCAGAACAGACCAGGGGCAACAGAACAAACUAGGGCAGCAGAACAAACUGAGGCAGACAAACAGACCAGGGCAGCAGAACAGACAAGGACAGCAGAACAAACUAGGGCAGCAUAG